UAAUUGGAAAGCAGCCAUUUCUUAUUUUAAAAUGGUUCUAUGCAAUGAUCCAUCACAUUUUAAAGCAAGAUAUUAUUUGGCUAGAUGUUUGCUGAAAUUAUUUCAAUAUAGCACAGCUUUAGCUGAACUAACAACUUGUCUUUACUUUCAACCAAUCUAUUAUAAA